CUCAAUGGUAUCUAAGCCGUGAGUAAAUAGGGUUACAAUAGAGCUUAUUGACAAUAGAACCAUAUGUUGAAGUUAUAAUAGAAAUCGUUAUACAUUUGUUUACUUUAAUCUCUAAUCUAUAUUUAUGUGUAUGAGACUAGUAGAACAUGAUCUGAUUUUACUUACCAAGAGCCAAACGUAUACGGAGUUCAAUAUUACUUGGAAUAUAAAAACUUAGACAGAUAUGGCAGACAUCGAAGACAAACCCCAGAAGCCAAAAGAGGCCGCGGUUCUCACAGAAGGAAGCCUGGGAUAUCUUGCUAAAGAGAUUCCCGACCCCAUCAUUCUAGGAAUGUACCUGAAUAUUCCCAACACACGUUUAGUUGACUACACAAUAGACCCUUCCAGCCAAGCUAACGUGGCCGACAUGUCCAGGAAAGUACUGAUGUUCUGGAAACAAAUGCGUGAGACCGCCAAAGAGAAGGACAAGGUUGCAGAUUUGGACCGCGCUCUUAGGAGUUCAGGGAAACACGAUCUGGCUGAAACACUACUAAACAAACACCAGGAUGGCAUGGAACUUACUCCGGAUUGCUUCGCUUUGUAAAUGAUGUGACAACACACUAGUGCCAUUUAUGUUCAUAUGGUGGAAAUAUACAGCUUUGUAUUUCAUUGUGACUACAAGCUGUACACGCCAGUUUUUGGGCUUUCUGGAUAAUUUAUAUCAACGGAAAAUUCAUCUGACC